CAAACAAAGCCCCGUGUUUUCUUUGGCAGGCCAAUAGGCCAUUCUCAUUUUUGGUCCUCUCCCGCCUUUCCCAUCUCAAUCCUAAUCCCAAUCCGACGAUCUCCCGCCUCUGCCUUGUUUCGCCAUGAGCUCCACGGUAUGGGGCUGCCCGCCCUCGGGCAACUGGCACUGUCCGCAGGCUCUCAGCGGCUCCACCCACCACCGGGUCUUCAUGACGGCGCGGCAAGAUGUGGUUUUGAUCGACGCCGUCCAGACCGUGGGCACGCCCCCUCGGCCUCAAAUCAAGAUCUUGCGGUGUGCACCCGACAAGGUCAAGCUCCUGGCCGUGAAUGUGAGCUCGGACGGGCGGCGGGUAGGCGCGGCGGGUGAAGAAGGCACGAUCUAUUGGUGGUCAAUGGAGGGCGCGGCCACGGCAUUGGCGGGGCGGGUGGUGCGCAGCCAUACCGACCAUCAGGCCUUGGCCAAACAGAAAUGUCGAGUUCAAAGUCUUGGUUGGUCCCCGGUGGAACCUGAAUUGUUAGCCUCAGCCGAUGAAAGUGGGCAUGUGGUAGUGUGGGACACCCGUGUCAAUGCCCGACGAUCUAUUCCGUUAGGCAAACAUGUCGUGGCCGUUUUGGCCUGGAGCCCGCAUCACAAAGACGUAUUAGCCGUGGGUUGUCGACACGGUUUGGUCUUGAUCGUGGGUUUGAAUGGCCCGGGAAAGAUUUUAUCCAAGAUCCGGGCCCACGAUGAGGAUAUUCAAAGUAUUUCAUGGUGUCCGGACAUGGGUAACCUAUUCACCCAUCCUGGGGAUUCAUCCCACUCCGAUUCUUUAUUGGCCGUCGGUUCCAAAGAGAAGACGAUAAGCAUCUGGUCGAAGAAUACGAGUAAACUCGUGGCCAAGUUAAUUUUAAAGCCUGCCUUGGCCAAGGCUGCCAAAACCAAUUUUUACUUGACCAGUCUUUGGGCUCAGCCAGAUGUGAUUGUGUCCGCUGGAUCUCAAGGCGAAGUCUUGAAGUGGGACUUGAAACAGGCCACUCCAGAUGCCCAUGGUGUAUUUCAACUCCAGGAGGUGGGAUUUCAUACCAAAGUGUUGCAUCGGGAGCAUUUCCGGAUAGUGUUUAGUAUGACCAUGAGUGGGACGUCUUUGGUCUCUUUGGGUCAGGAUCGACAGAUCGUGUCCUUUGAUUUGGCCACGGAGAAGCUGAAUUAUGCUUUGCCCACGAUGGGUGGCUGGGUCUAUGAUCUGGCCUUGAACCCUUUGGAUGCUAAUGUGAUAGCCAUGGCCACUGGUGAUGGAUUGAUCCGGGUGUGGCGUUCUCAUUCUAGUAAAGAAGCCUUUGAUACCACCACUCUAGCGUUAAAGAACUCACAAACCAAAGUCACGACCUUAGCUUGGCACCCUAGGUAUGAUAAUUUUUUGGCCUUUGGAACCGAUGAGGGCCGCAUUGGCACAAUGGAUACUCAAAAGGUCAAGAAUCUACCCACUUUUCUCACUUUCAAACACCGUGGACAAGUGUAUUCGUUGGUUUGGGGCACAAAACCAUCUUCAGACCAGUCAGAGGUUGAUUUGGAGUCCGAUAAACCCGUGCUCUAUAGUUGUGGCGACAACAUGAUCAUGAUCCAUAAUACAAAAAAUCCCAACAGUCCUCCCGUAGACUUGGAAAAAUUAAUCCAGAGCACCAAUGAUCUCACGCGGACUCCGCCAAAUCGCUCAGAACUAAUUUUUCACGGAGAUAAAGGCCGUUUCUUGGCCUUGGGAUCGGAUGACGGAAGCGUGGAAGUGUUUUCCAUGCCCGAAGUCAAACUCUUAUGCGUAAUCAAGGUUCACCAAAAGCUCAUUCAAUGCCUCCGAUUUCAUCCCAUGUACCUGAAUGAGUGUGAGGAAGAAUCGUCCAUGUCCAAUUGCUUAGCCAUCGCGUCCAAUGAAUCUGUGAUCCGAAUCGUCGACUUAAAAGAGCCCAACAAUUCGAGUUCCAUCAUUGCCACACCCACUUACUCGCUCACUGGUCAUCAUUCCCGGGUCAUUGCCAUGGCGUGGAGUCCCCAUACAGAGGGGAUGUUGGUAUCCGUUUCUUAUGACACCACCGUGCAAAUUUGGGACGUCCGAUCAGAAGUGGGAUUGGCCAAUUUUUCCGGUCAUGAAGGCCGUCUAGUUACCUGUUUGUGGAGUCCCAGUGAUCCAGAUGUGAUCCUGAGUGGGGGAGAAGAUUGUUCGCUUUUGAUAUGGAAAAUCUCAGAGCAGACGGAGAAGAUGCCCGUUAAGAAAGUGGAUAAACCUCGGAUCAAAAGAGAAGUGGUUUCGCAUAAUUCGGCGAAUUCGAAAGAAGCCAGUCCAAUCAGUGGAGAAGUCAGCAGCUCCAAUGGAGGCUCUGCUCCUGAAACUCAAAUCUCCUUGGGGGGAGGGGAAAAAUCCAAAAGAACGAAGAAGCAGAAAGUUGUUUAUUUCCCUCAUUGUUUGUCUGAUGAAAACCGAUCUCGAGGAAAAGCCGGCUCAGAUGCUCUCAAGAUUGCCGAAUCGACCCUCUCUACUUUGUCGGGACGAGAUUCUUUGGCCUUUUUUGACGAUGAUCAAGCUAUGGAACAACUGAUUGAAAAGGAAUCUCGAGCCCAUUUGACGGAAAACAACCUGAGUGCGUUCUCCCACAUGAAACUUUGGACCGGAGAUUAUCGAGAGGUGCUCAAGCAAUUGAUCUCCUUGGGGAAACUCACAGAUUGGCACGUGUCCGUGGCCUUGAGUUGCGAUUAUGGUCUUUGGCAAGAGGCUUGCGAAGCCUAUGCUCGGCAAUUAACCCAUGACGACGACCACGUCAAAGCAGCCUCAUAUCUCCUUCUCCUCAACAAAGUCCCGGAAGCCAUUCGCACUUUAGCUGAAGCUCAUCUAUAUCGAGAAGCUUUGGCUUUGGCCAGGGUACGUCUACCCAAAGAUUCGCCGUUGAUUCAGGAUCUCUAUCGAGACUGGGCUAAAAAAUCUCACCACAACGGAGCCUACGAUUUAGCUGGACGAGCUUGGGCUGCGGCUGGGGAGCCUUUGAAGGCCGCCGGGGCUCUGGCUAAGUUACCCGAAGCUGAUAAUCUGCGGGCAGGUGCUUUGUUCACGCGGCAAGCGGAUGAAAACGAUCGAGCCAAAGUCUUAGCCGCUCAAAGCCUUGAGGCGGCAAAAUCUCAAUCGAAUACAGGUUGUAUGGAAAAACUGUUGAUUGAGUUCCCGGAAUUGGCGGCAAGUCAAUAAGUAUUGUUGUGAUUCUCAGGAGAGUUCAAUAAAAGGAUCUCUUUUUCAUCA